AAAUGACCUUGAAGAUUGUCUGCCGAUUAAUGUAUAAACAUGGUUACCUUGCUAAUAAACAAAAUAUAUUAGACCUGUUUCUUAAUUAAUUUGAUUAUUUUUCUUAAAAUUUUAUUUAUUCUAAAAUUGUAUCGAGAAGGGUCCGCAUUAAAAUGUCCGUUCAACAAUUAGACUUGGAAGAAAUGUAUAAAAAGAUUCCUGAAUUGAAAAGAAACGAAGUGAAAAUUUUGAAAAAUUGGGUAGAAAAACAACCGCAUCUACCAAAUAUCUCAGAAUUUCAAGUUGCGCUUUUUUUACAUAGCUGUUACUAUAAACAAGAAGCGGCUAAAGCUGCUAUAGACGUUUAUUAUACAGUACGGACUUUAUGUCCAGAUAUUUUUCAAUGUAGAACUUGUAAUGACCCCGGAAUUCAAGUCGUAUUGGACCACAGUGUUAUAGCGGCGACUCCGCUGCCGAAUGGAGACACUAUGAUCAUAGGUCGAUGUGGAGAAGCUGAAUAUUUCACGUUUGUAAAUCAAUUAAAAGUAUUCGAUGCAUUACUACAAUUAAAUUUACGUAAAAACGGACCUUUAUCAGGACUUCAUCUUGUAGUUGAUAUGAAAAAUGUUACUUUCACUCAUUUUAUGAAACUUUCUUCUUCUGUUUUGAUUUUAAAAAAAUUUUUCUACCUAUUACAAGAAGGAUUGCCAGUAAGAAUAAAGUAUCUUCAUUUUGUUAACCUAGUUUCAUUUAUUGACAAGAUUUUAUCAUUAGGAAAACCGUUUUUGAAGAACGAAUUGAUUAAAUGCGUGAAAAUUCAUCAAAAAUUUGACAGUAUUUACGAGUAUAUUCCUCGAGAAGCAUUUCCAAUUGAUUAUGGAGGCUCCGCUGAAUCUUUUGAGAAAUUACGACAAAACACUGCGUCGCUUAUCAAAGCUAACGAAAAGUUUUUGAACUCCGAAGACCUUCAAAGAGUAGAUGAAAGUAAAAGAUCAGGGAUACCUAAAAGUAUAAAUGAAAUAUUUGGAGUGGAAGGUAGUUUUAAGAAAUUGGAAUUCGACUAAUCAUUCAAAUUCAUUGUAUUGAUUUACAUUUUGUCUCUGUCAAUUUAUCAUUAAAAUUUUUAACGUAUUUCAAGGAUUUUUAAACGGUUCUAAAUAAAAAUCAAUAGCUGCUACAACCCGUAUAUAUUAACAAUUUUAUAUAAAAUAUAAUAUUUACUAAUCUAAUCAACUUCUAAUUUUUUAAAACUUCCUUGGAUUCCGAACAUAUUUGCUUCGUUUUUCAUCGGCCCUUGUCGCUUAGAUUCGUCAACUUGUUGAUUCUCUUGGAACUUUAAUAAAUCCUCGCAUUCUGCCAUGUUGUUUUCUAAAUCGUCUGAAAACAAUUCCACCAAAAGUUUAGAAUUUAUUAUUAUAAGUUCAAUAAUUUUUAUAACAAGUUGAAUAUUAUCUUACUUCGUAAUUUUUGAACGUUUUGACAACAACCACCGUAGUCUACAGGAAGAAUUUCUUUAGGGACAUAUUUGUAGAAAGUUUCCAUGUCAGUAUGCAGUAAUAACUGUAAAAAAACUACUUUUAUUUUAUUUUAUAGAUUAAAAAAUGUUAAUUUAGAUUUGUAUAGAUUAUUACUCACUGCAUCAAGUAGUUCCUUUUUCAUAAACGGUUUUAUUAUAGCUAAAAGUUUAUCAACAAAAGACGCUACGUUAAUUAUGUGUAUAUAUUUUAUUCUAACAGGUAAAGCUUCCUAAAAUAAAUCAAAUCAAUAAAAUUAUCGCUAUUA